AUGCUGGCAACUUUUAUUGCUCGGAACUAUACCAAUGUCUUAGGUGUUGCUGAAUGUAUUGCCCCGCUUGUUGCAUGUAGCUUUACGCUCAUUAAAUAUCUAUUUUUGCUGAUUAAUUCUGAAGAAAUAUUUGACAUGAUUAAGGAAAUUAAAGAGUUGAAUGGAAAAUGGAAAAACACAAAAUUGUACUCAGAAAUUGAAAAGUUUAACGCAUUAGAUCGACGUCUUAUGAAAGUGAUGGAAGGAUUUUGCAUUGCUUCUAUUAUAAGCUACAUCCUGCCUCCUAUGAUUAACCACAUCUACAUUUCUUUCAUCUUAAAUGAAGAGAACUAUGAUAUGCCCUAUAAAACUGAUUAUUUUUAUGACAUUUUCAAAUAUCGAGCAUAUGAAAUGACCUUCUUUAUACAAGCUUGUUUGGGCGUGUAUGCUGCAACAUUGCAUGUUCUCGUCGACACUCUAUUUUUCGGACUGUGCAUGAACGUUUGUGCUCAUUUAAAAAUCAUACGACAAACCAUGAAUGAAAGAAGUUUAAAGGAAACUGUGUCUUAUCAUAACCGAAUUUUUGAUCUGAUUGCAAAAAUGAACAAAGUAUUCAGUGCCAUUUUAUUUGGAGAGUAUGCAUUCUUAUCACUUCUUCUUGGCGUAAAUGGAUUUUUAAUUGUAAUGACAAAUGACAUAUCCAUCAGAACUGCAUGCUGUAUCCAUGGAACAACGGGUGUAAUUGAGCUACUUAUUUAUUCUUACAGUGGACAAAAAAUAAUAGAUUAUGGUCAAGAGAUCUGUGACGAUUGUUAUGAGAUUGAUAAAAAUUAUCUGAUUGUUAUGCUGAGAACAAAGCACAAGUUAAGAUUGUACUCAUUGAUGUACGAUGCAUGCUUACCUACAGUUACGUUGAUCAUGAAUCGGGUAAUGGCAAUGAUAACUUUGUUGCGAUCUUUAGCUUAA